CUCCGGAAAGAGGAAACCCGGGAUCCAUGAUCACCCCGUUCGGCCUCAUUCUGCCCGAUGGGAGCUCAGCUCUAGGUGUUAGCUGGACAGUCUUUAAAUGGUAGUAGUGUGCGCGUAAGGAUAAACCGGUUUUAAUCCACGUCCACCAUGUCUGCCUCGGCUGUCUUCAUUCUGGAUUUGAAAGGAAAGGUGCUGAUAUGUCGGAACUACAAGGGAGAGGUGGACAUGGCAGAGAUAGACCACUUCUUGCCCCUCCUCAUGCAACAGGAAGAGGAGGGGCUACUCAGCCCUGUUAUAGUGCAUGGCACUGUUAACUUUCUAUGGAUCAAGCACAGCAACCUGUACUUGGUGGUCAUCACCAAUAAGAACUCCAAUGCAGCCUUAGUCUAUACUUUCCUGUACAAACUAGUUGAGGUUUUCACAGAGUACUUCAAAGAGCUGGAGGAAGAGAGCAUUCAGGACAAUUUUGUGGUCGUGUAUGAGCUGCUGGAUGAGCUCAUGGACUUCGGAUUUCCUCAGACGACAGAUAGCAAGAUCCUACAAGAGUAUAUUACUCAGGAGGGCACCAAACUGGAGGUGGCCAAGACCAAGGUUCCCACCACUGUCACCAAUGCCGUGUCCUGGAGAUCUGAGGGAAUCAAGUACAAAAAGAACGAGGUCUUCAUUGAUGUCAUCGAGUCUAUCAAUGUGUUGGUGAACGCCAACGGAAAUGUAAUGAGCAGCGACAUCGUGGGCAGCAUCAAGCUGAAGACGAUGCUCUCGGGGAUGCCCGAGCUGCGGCUGGGCCUCAAUGACCGUGCUCUCUUUGCUCUCACUGGUCGGGACAAAGGGAAAUCGGUGGCAAUGGAGGACGUGAAGUUCCACCAGUGUGUACGACUCUCCCGGUUCGAUAGCGACCGCACCAUCUCCUUCAUCCCACCGGAUGGGGAGUCUGAGCUGAUGUCCUACCGCAUCAACACUCAGGUGAAGCCGCUGAUCUGGAUCGAGUCGGUUAUCGAAAGGUUCUCUCACAGUCGGGUGGAGAUCAUGGUCAAGGCUAAAGGGCAUUUCAAAAAACAAUCAGUGGCUAAUAAUGUGGAAGUCAAAGUACCUGUUCCAAGCGAUGCUGACUCACCCAAGUUUAAAACGACUACUGGCCAUGCCAAAUAUGUCCCCGAGAAGAACCUGGUUGUGUGGACCAUUAAGUCAUUCCCAGGGGGGAAGGAGUUUCUGAUGAGAGCCCACUUUGGGCUCCCCAGUGUGGAAAAUGAUGAAGCGGAGGGCAGGCCACCAAUCACUGUCAAUUUUGAAAUACCCUAUUUCACUGUGUCUGGAAUACAGGUGCGGUACAUGAAGAUCAUUGAGAAGAGCGGCUAUCAGGCUCUGCCUUGGGUCAGAUAUAUCACUCAGAGUGGAGAUUAUCAGUUGCGAACCUAGACCAGUGAACCACUCACUUGUCCAUCUGAUGUUUGAAAGACAAUAGUAAUCCUCUAUCCUGAACACCAUCUUACAUGCUAAAUGACCGAGAAUUUCACAGAAGGGAAGAGUUGACAUUUUGAUUUUCUCUCCAAAUAUCUAUAUUUGAAUUUAAAAUAUGUAAAUAAAAAUUAAAUAAAUAUGAAUCACCAAAGAGGUAUUUUAAUGAUAUUGUUUUCCUGAUUUGGAUUUUUUGUGUGGAGAUAUUAAAUUAUGUGGGUAUUAAUAAAAAAUGUUUCAAAACCCUGAGAAAUGCGCUUAAA